CAUCAUUAAUUCGACUCUUCCAAAUCGUUUAUUUAAGCAAUUACUUAAUAGAUUCCCUCAGUCGUUCGCAAUAAGCGCCAUCGAUAAGUCAUGAUGAAAUUUUUUAAAUUUUCCUUGUGGUUCGUCAUUUUCAUUGAGUGUGCGAUAUGUAUUUAUGCUGGCAUUGCUCAAACGAAGGCUGGAUGUGACCUUAAAAUACCUGUUGAUGUUCCGAGAAAUGAGCCCGUAUAUUUGGUCCAACACCAACAUAACAACUUUUCGCUUUUUAAACCGAUUGGCGAAACGAAUACGUUUUCAUCGAGUGGAAAUCUCUUUGCAUUUUGUCCUGGAAAGAAAAAUUCCAUUCAGAUUGAGCAGCAUCCAAUCGACAGUAAUUUAACUGAAAUUACUUGUGGCAAUGCUAAUUUCCUGGUAAACGAAUUCGGUGACGUUGGUAAUUUGAAUAAAAUCAAUUGUACUAAGGGCGUGCAAGCAGACAUCAGUAUAAAAAAGAAGCAAACAUGUUCAUCAACGGGAUAUAUUAUCGACGUUGGUUUCAAAUUGACAAACAAAGUGUUUUUGCCAACGUUUACAAUAUGUUUCGAUAAUACCAAUUGGACGCCGAUUUGGAGUAAACAUGUCAUCAAUGGAAAAUCUAUAAAAUUUAACGUUAAAGAGAAUGGUCGCCGUGAAUUCAAAGCAACCGGUCUUCCGACAAAUGCUCGUCCAUCUGAUGCAUACAAAAAGGCGACACAAAUCCCUCAUUUUACAGAAUUACUUGGCACAGCACAGACGGAAACAUAUUUCAGUUCCAGUUCAUUUUUGGCACGAGGUCAUCUCACUCCCGACGCUGAUUUUGUGUUUCCGAGUGCUCAGUGGAGUACCUAUUUCUAUUUGAACACUUGUCCACAAUUUCAAACUGUGAAUGCAGGCAACUGGCUGGGAGUUGAAUAUUUAGCUAGAAAGUUGGCACAACAUUAUGAUGUUGAAAUGGAAAUUUUUACCGGUGGUUACGAUAAUUUGAAACUACAAAACGCAGCUGGUGGUUUGAAGAGCAUGUAUUUGACCGGCGAUGAAAAGUACAAGGUACCGAAGUGGCUGUGGAAAAUUAUCAAAAACAAAUCUACCAAUUCGGCAAUUGUAAUGAUUACAUUAAAUGAUCCGUUCGCAAAGGAAGAUGAAAUCGAGGAAUUCUGUACGAACGUUUGUGACAAAGCCUAUGUAAAUUCCAAGCAUUUCAAGACGAUACGGAAAGGUUACACUUUCUGCUGCGAUCUACUUGAUUUCAGACGAGUUGUGACUAAUCUACCACCAGAAGCUACAGCCGGUAAUUUACUAAGCUGCUCCAAUGUUAUAUUGGACGACUAAAUUGGGAGUAACAGUUGCGAUGAUGUUGGCAACGUUUGUGACUAAACAUAAUAGGAUCUAUGUUUUAAAAAUAAAGCACAUCAAUCGUAGCA